UCGCGAUCUUGGACUCGGUAAAUGGCUGCAUGUGCGGAUACCACUUUCACGGAGCGCCCGAUCCGGAGCGAGUUAGCACGGAACGAAAUGGAGGGCUCCGUGGAAUCCCCUGCGCUGGAGUUUGAGUAUGGAGACACGGAUAGCUUCACAACUGAGCUGGCAGAGCUGUACAGUUACACAGAAGUUCCAGAAUUCAUCCUGAACAGAGACUGCUUUGAGGACUUCAGGACUGAAGUGAAGGAGAAGAGGUGGACUGAGCUGGGCAUCGUUGAGCAGAGGGCCUAUGUGAUGCGGCUGCUGGACGCCUUGGAGGUCACCAACAAAGACAGGAGGCUGAGAGUGACCCGUGCCAUCCUUUACUUAGCCCAGGGUGUGUUCAGUGAGUGCAGUACAGAAGCGGACAUCCUGCACUGGUCCAGGCACAACAUCUACCUCCUGCUGAGCAUGGGCACUUUCACGGCGAUGGUGGAAUUGCUGAGCAUGGAGAUGGACAAUAACCAGGCAUGCAGUAAUGCAGUGAGUAAGCCAGCCAUCUCCCUGGUGGACAGCACAGAGCUCAGGGUCCUGCUGAACGUCAUGUAUCUGAUGGUGGAAACCGUGCGCUCAGAGGCUGAAAACGACAAACUGGAGUGGAAGAUGGCCAGGGAGACCUUCAAGGUGGAGCUGGGUUCCUCGCUGCACAAUGGCGAGCCCUUUGCGCUCAUGCUCUUCGGCAUGAUGACAAAGUUCUGCAGCAUGAACGCCCCUCACUUCCCCAUGAAAAAGGUGCUUCUGCUUCUCUGGAAGACGGUGCUGUUCACCCUGGGAGGCUUUGACGACCUGCAGCAGAUGAAGGAGAGAAGUCGUGAGCAGCUGGGCCUUCCCCCGCUCCCGGAGGACAGCAUCAAGGUGGUGCGUGCCAUGCGGGCGGCCUCACCCCCCGCCUCCGCCAUGGAGCUCCUCGAGCAGCAGCAGCAACAGAAGAGGGGGCGCCGAAGUCGCAGGAUGGCCUUUCUUGAUAGCUUGGAGGGAGACAUUCACUUUUCCAAGAAGCAGCUCCUGGUGAAGCAGGACAGCCUCGACACGUAUGGAGAACGGGACCCCUUCAAGAACGACGAGGUGAGGGAUGAAGAAGAUGACGGUGAGGACAUGGACAGCACGAUGGAGGCCGAGGUGGACCCCCUGGACCGUGACACCAUCAUCCAGCCUCCACUGCCACCUCCACUCCUUCUCUCCACCCCUGCUGAGAGGCUUGGCUUUCCGAAGGGCCUCCCCUGGGCACCCAAAGUCAGAGAGAAAGACAUUUUGCACUUCCUGGAGACAAGCAGGAACAAAUUCAUUGGCUUCACUCUGGGAAAUGACACUGAAACCUUGGUUGGUCUGCCAAGGCCCAUCCACGAGAGUGUGAAGACUCUCAAGCAGCACAAGUACGUCUCCAUAGCGGAGGUACAGAUUAAAAAGGAGGAGGCACUUCAGCAGCGUCCCAUGACCACGGGUAUGGAGGAGGUGGAGGAGAUGCCUGUGGAGAUCCUGUACCAGCGAAUGUUGCCCAGCCUGCCCCAAUAUGUGAUAGGCCUGCUGAAGCUCUUGCUGGCUGUAGCUCCCACCUCCAGAACUAAUGUGGACUCCAUCAAUGUCCUGGCGGACGUGCUACCUGAGGAAAUCCCAAUCACAGUCCUGCAGAGCAUGAAGCUGGGUGUGGAUGUGAACCGGCACAAGGAGAUCAUUGUCAAGGCUAUCUCUGCUCUACUACUGCUGCUGCUGAAGCACUUCAAGCUGAACCACAUCUACCAGUUUGAGUAUAUUUCCCAACAUCUAGUCUUUGCUAACUGCAUACCGCUCAUUCUCAAGUUCUUCAAUCAGAACAUCGCAUCCUACAUCAGUGCCAGAAACAGGAUCGGUGUGUUGGACUUCCCUCACUGCGUUCUGUAUGAGAUGCCAGAGCUCACAGUGGAGAGUCUGGAGUCUGGAGAUGACACCCAGUUCUGCUGGAGGAACCUUUUUUCCUGCAUAAACCUCCUGAGGAUCCUCAAUAAGGUCACCAAGUGGAAGCACUCUAGGACUAUGAUGUUAGUGGUUUUCAAGUCUGCUCCCAUCCUCAAGAGGGCACUCAAGGUCAAGCAAGCUAUGAUGCAGCUCUACAUUCUCAAGCUGCUCAAGAUCCAGACAAAGUAUCUGGGUCGACAAUGGAGGAAGAGUAACAUGAAGACUAUGUCGGCCAUUUACCAGAAAGUGCGGCAUAGGCUCAAUGACGACUGGGCUUAUGGCAAUGACAUUGAUGCCCGGCCAUGGGACUUCCAAGCAGAAGAGUGUGCGCUGCGGGAGAGUAUCGAACUGUUCAACAGACGACGCUAUGGCAAGAAGACCAGAGGAGAGUUUGUUCCCGUGGACAACUGCCUGCAGAGUGUGCUGGGCCAGCGAGUGGAGCUGCCCGAGGACUUUCCCUAUAGCUAUGAGAUGUGGCUGGAGAGAGAGGUGUUCUCCCAGUCCAUCCAGUGGGAAGAGCUCCUGCAGGCUUAGUGAACUGGCAGUAGACCUAACAGCCUUUUGUGGUUGGAUCAAGAGUGGAGAAAAUACAGCAGUUCAAUCAUUAUGUCAGUCAUUUGACUGAUUUGAAAUACAUGAGACUAAGUAACAUCAGAUAUGUAUAGUGAUGCUGGAACACACUCUUUGUACACUUUGUAAAGCACAAUGUCCUGAUACUUCUUGUCAGUCACUUAAAAUAAGCGUUGUUCGAGAUAGAGAAGGUGAGGCUGCCCUUUGAGAUGGGCCCUUCUGAUGCCAUGAGUGCAUCAUUUUCAUCAUGGGGAAGUGAAGAGCACUUUAAACAAUACAAACCAUUUUUCUACUGCAUCCUUUUCUAUGUCACACUGAGUCUACUUGCCCUAGUUCUGCUGUCCUGGAGACAGUGUAUAGCAUUCAACAGCAUUCUCUUAUUAUUUGCAUUCAACAGCAAAAAUCAAAAAGCACAAUAGGCUUAGUUGAGAUUUGGUUUACAUUUAGACCUGGGUUUCUGGUUUAUUCAUAUUUGCCAGUUUCUGGAAAUGCUAUCUUGUUUAAUGCCAAACCACUGACUUUGGGAGUAAAAAAAAACAAAAACAAAUGUUGAUAAACCGCUGUCAUUUCAAGAUGUGUUUUGUGUGUUUAGCAAUCUGGAAAUAUUGUGUGGUAUGCAUUUCUGUUGUAAUGAUAUGCUACUUUGCAAUUCUGCACCUAUGAGAUUAUCUCCUCUUCAGCAUAAUGUGCAAUCAGUAACGUAGUUCAUAAUGGAAUAUAAAUUAAAGAGCCGCCUGCUUUAGA